UGCAGUGUAUACUCAGUUAGACAGAAUACGAGGGAACAUAACAUCUACAUCUUUGUUUGUUUUCUGGUUACUGAAGGUUGUGUGCAAUAUCGUUGACUUUUACACAAGAAUUGUUAAUCAUACUUAUGAGGAGAAUCCAUUUAGAUUUAUACUAUUUUAUAUUAUAUAUACCAUACUGUUAGUGCAACUUAUCCUUCAUUCAUUUGCUGAAAAACAAAACAUUGUUAGUGAAGAUGGAGACAGUCAUAGAGAGACAUGUCCUGAAGAAAAAGCUUCUAUACUCAAUCUUUUAUACUUUUGGUGGAUGAACUCGAUUAUUGUAAAAGCGUAUAAAAAGCCAUUAGUAGAAAAAGAUUUAUGGCCUUUGAUGUCUCGGGAUCAAAGUCAAAAUGUAGUAAAGACAUUUGAUAGAAACUGGAGAUGUGAACUGUCUAAAGCUCAGAUCAGAAAUGCCAGAGAGAGAACACAACAUGUGUAUGAUAUUCAACAAUCUACCUCGGCCACCGAGAAAACACCAUUACUUCAAACGAAGCUGUUACCAACCAAAAUAAAUGUGGAAAAAUCAACAAGACAUAAAGGAUCAUUGUUCAAGGCCCUGUUUAAUAGUUUUGGAUGGACUUAUUUAUUAUCAUUAUGGUUUAAAUUUAUAUCUGAUAUUCUUCAAUUUGUUGGACCUAUACUCAUAAGUUUUUUGAUAGCUUACGCUGAUGACCGUGAUAACAAGCCGUCGUGGAAGGGUUAUCUCCCUGCUGUUGGGUUAUUUGUCAGCGGAAUCAUACAAUCUGUGUUUUAUCAUCAGAAUUAUAAACUAGGAAUGGCUGUUGGAAUGAGGGUCAGAUGUUCCCUUAUAUCAGCAAUAUAUAAAAAGUCAUUGACCAUGAACAGCGAUGCCAAAAAGGAGACAACAUUAGGUCAGAUAGUCAGCCUGAUGUCGGUGGAUUGUCAACAUCUCCAGGAUAUGUUCACCUAUCUAUCCACCGUAAUGUCUGUCCCUGUACAAGUAGCCAUCGGCAUGUACCUCCUCUGGGGAACACUUGGCAUUUCUUGUCUUGCUGGGUUAGGUGUAUUGCUUCUUCUGAUACCGCUGAAUUCCUUCGUGGCUGCCAGACAACUUACUCUCACAGCAGAUGUUUUGGCUCUAAAAGGGGAGAGAAUCAAAUUGAUGAAUCAGAUUCUCAACGGCAUGAAGGUAUUGAAGAUGUAUGCCUGGGAGCCUUCUUUUACUUAUCAAGUAUCAGUGAUCAGGAGAAGGGAGCUUGACAAUCUAAUGAAGGUUGCCUAUCUACAAGGAGUGGCAACAUUUGGGUGGUUACUGGCACCAUUUGUGGUUGCUUUGGCAACUUUUGCCACCUAUGUCAACAUCAGUGAUGACAAAUAUCUUAGUGCUAGCAAAGCUUUUGUUUCUCUUGCCUUGUUCAACAUUCUACGUCUGCCAGUCAUCCUGUUAGCACAGUCAAUAUCUGCCAUUAUACAGGGUAAAGUUUCUUUGAAGAGAGUUGGUAAUUUUCUGUCCAGUGAAGAUUUAGAUCCCAGCAGUAUACAGCAUGUCUUUGAUACAGAUUAUGCCAUUAAAAUCCAGCGAGGUACAUUUACUUGGGAUAAAGAAAAUCCACAGUCUACAUUGAGAGAUAUAAACCUAACAAUACCUGAUGGACAGCUAGUAGCAGUUGUAGGCCAUGUUGGGGCAGGGAAGUCUUCACUGUUUUCUGCAACACUGGGAGAGAUGUUGAAAAUUGAUGGCAGUGUAGCACUUAAGGGUUCAGUGGCAUAUGUACCACAGGAAGCAUGGAUACAGAAUGCCACACUGAUGGACAACAUAUUAUUUGGAAAAACCUUUAUGCAGAAAAAGUAUAAAAGAGUGUUAGAGGCAUGUGCUAUGACCUCUGACCUUGACCUUUUACCAGGCAGAGAUCUUACAGAAAUAGGAGAAAAGGGUAUCAACCUUAGUGGAGGUCAGAAGCAGAGAGUUAGUUUAGCAAGAGCUGUGUAUAGUAAUUCUGAUGUUUAUCUGAUGGAUGAUCCUCUUAGUGCUGUCGAUGCUCAUGUUGGCAAACAUAUCUUUGAAAAAGUCAUUGGAAACAAAGGCCUGCUGAAAAAUAAGACACGUUUACUUGUGACACAUGGUAUCCAUUGGUUACCAAUGGUAGACCAUAUAAUUGUAAUGACAAAUGGUAGAAUAACUGAAGUUGGAACCUAUGAAGAUUUAAUCAACCAUGAUGGCCCGUUUGCUCACUUUUUGAAACAGUAUUUUAUAGAAGAAAAUGAUGAGCCUAUUGAUGACCCAGAAAUUCAGCAAAUUAGAAAUAUGAUAUUAGAACAAGUUGAAUCAGUGACCUCAGAUGGUUUGACCUCUGAUGAACCAGCACUAAGUCUGAUAAGAAAACAGAACAAAGAAAUAAAGAAGAAAGAGUAUAUAGCAGAAACCCCAGCCUUGUUACUACAGACCAGAUUGACACAUGAUGAGCAGGCUGAGACGGGUGGGGUGAAAUGGCCAGUGUAUAAAGCCUACACCAAAGCAUUAGGGAUGGGAGCGUCCAUUAUAGUGAUGUUUGUGUUUUCUAUGUACCAUGCUGCCAGUGUAUACGCUAACUUCUGGUUGACUUUCUGGAGUAAUGAUCAGUAUCUGACCAAUCAAAACAACUCUGGUACUGAAAAGUUCAUAGACCAAACUAACUACUAUCUACUGGGAUAUGGGGUACUUGGUAUUAUUCAAGCUGCCUUUGUUUUGAUAUAUGCCACAUUAGUGUCAGUGAAAAUGGUUCAAGCAGCUGGGAAAAUCCAUCAACACAUGUUAGACAAGAUAAUGAGAGCUCCAAUGGAAUUCUUCGAUACAACACCAUUCGGACGUAUUAUUAACCGAUUUUCAAGUGAUGUUGAAAUGAUGGAUACAGCACUGCCAUUGACCUUCCGUAUCACCUUGAACUCACUUUAUCUAGCAGUAACCACGGUUAUAGUCAUCUGUAUUAAUACACCAAUAAUACUAAGCACAGUUGUACCUCUUAUGAUCUGUUAUGGAGUUAUCAUGAGAUUUUACCUGCCUACCUCCCGUCAGUUAAAGAGAUUAGAAUCUAUACACAGAUCACCAGUUUUCAACCACUUUAGUGAGACCAUAGCUGGCGCUAUUGUUAUCAGGGCAUACAAAGCUUCAGAGAGAUUUAUGUGUGAAGCUCUAAAGAGGCUGGAUAAAAAUAUGGUUUAUUAUUAUGCCUUCUUCAAUUCUGCAAGGUGGCUUGGUAUAAGAUUGGAACUAUUAGGUAACAUCUUUGUGAUAGCAACAGCUUUGUUCAGUGUUUACUCAGACUUGGAUGGAUCUUUUGUUGGUUUGUCUGUUGUUUACGCAAUUCAGGCUACUUACAUACUAAAUCUACUUGUGAUAAACAUGAGUGACCUUCAGAGCAAUAUUGUGUGUGUAGAAAGGAUAAAAGAAUAUACAGAAAUUGAUUCAGAGGCUAAUUGGAGAUCUGCAAAGAAACCACCUGACAACUGGCCACAGAAAGGUGAAAUUGUAUUUACAGACUUUAGAAUGAGAUACAGAACUGGUACAGAGCUGGUUUUACAUGGAAUAAAUCUAAAUAUACAACAUGGAGAAAAGAUUGGCAUUGUUGGAAGAACAGGAGCAGGGAAGUCAUCAUUAGCUUUGGCUCUUUUCCGUUUGAUAGAGGCAGCCAGUGGGGACAUUACUAUUGAUGGAGUCAAUAUAAAAGAUAUUGGUCUUCAUGAUCUUAGAGAAAAAAUUACAAUUCUACCUCAGGAUCCCGUCCUGUUUUCUGGAUCUCUGAGGCUCAACCUUGACCCUUUUUGUUGCUAUGGUGAUGAUCGGUUGUGGACUGCUCUGGAGCAUGCUCACCUUAGAGAAAGUGUAAAUAAUUUGCCUGGAAAAUUAGAUUUCCAAUGUGGAGAGGGAGGUCAAAAUCUGAGUGUAGGACAAAGACAGUUGGUAUGUCUGGCUAGAACGUUGCUGAAGGAAACCAGAAUUUUGGUUCUGGAUGAGGCUACUGCUGCUGUUGAUUUGGCUACUGAUGAUUUAAUACAGCAAACCAUCUUCAGAGAAUUCAAGGAUUGUACUGUACUAGCUAUAGCUCACAGACUGAAAACUGUCCUGGAUUAUGAUAGAAUUGUUGUAAUGGAUAAAGGAAAGAUAGUUGAAUGUGACAAACCAGAUAAACUGUUAGCCAAUGAAAAUAGCAUUUUCUAUGGACUAGCUAAAGAGGCUGGUAUAGUAAAUAAUGGAAACAGCCAGGAGCAGUUGAAAACUUCUAUCAAGUAUUUAACCAAUCAACAACCAAUUAAGAAUGUAAUAUCAUCCAAUAAAAAUUCACAUGACAAACAGGUAGCGGAAGUUAUAUCACAAAAAGACAAAGAAGAUAAUAUCUCAGAAAAAAGUUCAAAUGGUUGGUCUAGUUAUUCGGGUAGAUCAGGCAAUGAGGGGAGUGCUGAAUUGUCAAAUGGUCAAGGGAAAGACGUUAAACAUUUUGUGGAUAACAUCUCUGUUGAUUCAGUCAGGUUUGGAGAUGUUACCAUAGUUACACCACAACAAAUUCUACCUCCAUCUUUAGAGAGUGAAAUAUCUGAGACAACAGCCGAUUCUGAGACUGGAUCUGAGUAUGGCGAAUCAAAAGAGGAAUUAGAAGAUAGAAAGAGAAAUGAUUCUGGCUCUGACAAAACUUUACAACAUCAUGUACCAGUCAAACAAGGACGGUCCUCAGAAUCAUCAUUAAAUGGGUCAGAAAGUAAAGGCAGUAGUGAAAAAUCAGAGUAUUAUUCCGCUGAUUCACAAUGCCCUGAUGAACUUUUAAAUCAACGUCUAGUACGACAAGAAGGGGAGGCAACUCAACAUCAUUUAUUUGAGAAAGAGCCUCCUAAUGAGAUUACAGAGAAGACAGAUAUGUGUUAAUGUUCUUUAAAACAAACAACAUCAUCACUUGGCAGCCUGUAUCAUCUGUUGAUUUUACCGAAAUAUUACACCUGAUUUCACUGCCCUAGAUUAAUGGUACAGAUUUUUUACAUGAAACUGUAUGGUUCAAAAUAUUUUUUACAACUCUUAGUCAAAUACAAAUUUAAUCUUAAUAGUCCUUAGCUAUAAAUAGUUAAUGCUUGUUUCUGUUCGUAGUGCCAUAUAAAACAAAGUUUCAGUUAAUAUAAAUGCAUUGUAUUAUAUAAUUUUUAAACCCUAUUGUUGUGAAAAUUGGUCACAAAAAAGUUUAAUAAACUUGAAUGUCUGAUGUGCUGAUAAAGUUCCAUAGAUUUUGUUCUAUUAUUAAAAUGAUUAUUUUUUUUUACGUCCUUAUUGUAAAAUUAAAUAUAAACCAAAAUUCAAAAUUGACAAAAGGAGGAGAUACAUGAGUUAAUUCAGUUAUUACAGAGUUAUUAGAUUUUAAUCUACAAAUACUCAAAAAAUAAUCACCAAUUUAUUGUAAUCACCACUUUUCCUACACUUUGUUUUGGAAUGUAGUGAAAUAUUAAUCAAUCAUGAAAUACCAUUUAGAUAUGUGCAUAUCAUUUUUUUAAUAAUUUUUCAACUUACUUUUUUCUGGAGAUUCCUCUUUCGGUCUUUGUUAUUUGUUUUUUUCCCUGUUGAUCAAUGUUAAAACAACUUUUUUUAGUCUCUGAACUUUGUAAUCUGAAAGAAUAUGCAAUGGCAGAUCCAUAAAUGUUCAUAAAUGUGGGCCUUCUGACUGCCCACUGCGGUCAUGUUUCAGUGAUUCCCUAUAGAAUCAACCAAAGUUUUCCCUCAAAUAAGCCUCCAAUAUGAACACAAAGCAAAUUAGAUUUGUCCAAAUUCAAAAUUGAAUCUGCCUUUUAAUUUAUUUUUCAGCCCAUCUCCUGGUAGAUUUUUUUUUUUAACAUACUUGUUGAUUUGCAAGUUUUGAUACCAGCUAUUGUCAAUUUCUGUUAGGAAAGCUGUUUUUCUUGUAAUUGACCAAAUAGUAUUGGAAAGGUCAAUUUGUUCAAUUUAAGCCACAUUUUGUAUAGUUACAUAUUAUGAUGUAUCAACUUUGUAGCUUGAAAGAUUUUAUGGAAUAUUCUUGAUAUCUCAGAAUGAAGAUUAAAAAAAUAUCAAAUACCUGAAAUUGAUCAAUAACAAAAGGGAGGAGUGUAAUAACAGUGACAUUGAUCUUUCAUAUAUACUGCAAACUAACUAAUAUUUGGGAGUGAUUUAUUUUCUUGACUUUUGCGAAUAUAUUUGUCACGAACUUGGAUUUUUCUUUUCUAAAACUAUUUCAAGUAAAUUUGAGAAUCGCAAAAUGGGCUAGAAAGGGCUAAACACGAAAUAAUGUUUCCGUGAAAAUAAGUUGGUUUACAGUUUUCAUCAUAUCAUCAAAGGUCUGGAACACUGGGUACUCAUUCAUUUCGUCUCAGCUUAUGUUGGUAAAAUUUAAGAAUUACCUGUAGUAUGUGAUAGUUAUUUAUAUAAUUAAAUAUUUUUGUAAAGUAUGUAUAUUUAGA